UGAUGCAGUAACGUCGUUCCAAUUGGUAGAAAGCUGCAGCCAAUUGCAAAUACUUCUUAAAUAUACCUAGGAGAGACAUUAACUGUCAUACCGUUUCAGCAUUCGGUGAGGCAUUGUAUGAAACCAUGGCUUGGCAAAGGAGCGCACUGCUUUUUUUCCCGGCUUGGCUUUGCUUUGCAUUGCCUGCAGCGGGAUGGGAGCGCGUUUCCGAAGAGGCAACCUUUUCCCACCACAACCUAGACACGGAGGAGAAUUAUACCAAAGACAAGGCUGUAGUGCAAUUUGGAGACCCCGCCAAUGUCAAUCUUAACGCCGACCGUGGAUUCCAGGUGCAAUUCGAGGAGUCAGAUGCAAACAAGUGGGUAUCCGUUACCGAAGCUGCCCCAGUCAGUUUAGCGGUUCUGUGCGGUGAGGAGGAGUUUAAAGUAACACUUCCAGCUGGUCCAAUGAGUGAAGUCAAGAUUUUGGGACCCAACAGUAUGCUCUCUGUUCUUGAAGCCCCAGAAUCCUGUGGAUACUCCUUAUAUCAGAACGUCUUAACUGUCAGCUUUUCAGGCUGCCUCAUUAGGCGUCAGGCUGGGCGGUACAGCUUGAUGGUGUUGUUUGUCAAUGAAGCUGGCAUAAUGGAUGUUUCUACAGUGUCCUGUGCGGCUAGCCCCAAAUCCUCUUUGUCCUCGACCGUACACCUGCCCCCUAAUGGUCUUCGCAAUGCCCAUGGUGGGCCUCCUUCAAAGUGUUUAAAUCCCACCCCUCGCAAUCCCAGCCCUCAAAAUCCCACCAAGUCUCCUGGCUGCAGUAUUCCCCAGAACCAGCACUUGGCUUGUGGUUCCACUGGAAUCUCGUCCUCGCAGUGUUUGGUGAUGGGUUGCUGUGUGGAUUCGGCAACUUCCGCCUGCUUCUACCCAAUGGAUGAGUGCACUGCAGACAAACAGUUUAUCUUUGCUGUUCACCAUGACAUCACCACUUUCCCUGUGACUCCCACCAAACUUGUGGUUGCUGGGAAGUCUCGCUGUGGCCCAGUCAUUGUCAAUGAUAAGUUUGUGGUCUUCAAGUUCUCAGUCACUGAAUGUGGAACUCGCUCAUAUGAAAUUGGUGGUACCGUGAUCUACACAGCAGAGGUACAGACGGCCGUCCGAACCCUUAACCUGAAGUUUGGCAUAAUAUCCAGAGACAACCCCCUCAGAGUCAUGGUUGAGUGCCGCUACCCUAAAGCUCUGGGUACCCUGCCAACAGCGGCGAGUGUGGGCUACAUGGUGAAAAGCCCCAGUGUAACAUUCCCUUCAAAGGUGACAUCCAAGGGACUGUUCGGUGUCGAACUCAGGAUUGCUGAAGACAAAACCUAUACUAAGUACCUCAAGCGGCACCAUCAGCCCCUGCAUCUCAUCCUGGGUAAACUUGUGUAUCUAGAAGUUCGUCUGACUUCUCCAAAUCCACAGGCGACACUUUUGGUCAACUACUGUCUGGCUUACCCCCGCUCUGCUAAGAACGUUCUGGUGCUCAUUCACGAAGGAUGUGCCAACCCUCAGGACCCCAAUGUCUCCAUCCUUAAAUUCAGCAACCUGCCGCAGAACCGCCACCAGCGUCGCUUCAUGAUCCAAGCAUUCCAGUUCAUGGAUCAACAGACCAACAAGUAUCUGGAUGAGGAGAUCUACUUCAUGUGCUCUACUGAAGUGUGUAUGCCCACAGAAAAAACUUGUGAAGAGCGCUGCUUUGAUGCAACUAGGAGAUCUACUACAUGUGCACUAGAUAAAAUAACUGAGAAGAGUGCUGCUUUAAAUGAAAUGUCUGACUAAUCUACAGUGACAAAUCUGAUACUUGAACAUACUAAAGAAAUGUGGUAAUUUGACUAAUGUAAUGAAAUAAAUCUUGUAUUUUGCCUAUUUA